UUUUGUCUCUGUCCCAGAGGGCAUUGUUUCUUUUUUUCUUUCUUAUCUGACUGAGACACUGUAGAUGGACUCACCCUGCAUUCAGACACUGGCCUGACACAAUUACUAACCCGACUGAAUUCUUCCAAGGUCACAGCUGACCCCCCCACCCCACACACACACACACACACACACACACACACACACACACACACACACAUUUGUGUACUCAAGGCAAUCAGGUCUAACUAGGUCUUACGAUGAAUAAAUCCACACACAUACACACUGUCAUGUUGAGAUUGGCCAGGUUAUCGUAUCCUAGCAACAGAAACAGACAGGCUGGCCGUUCAGUCUUUUCCUGUCCAGCGCUGGAGCAGUGAAGCCAAAUCUCCUUCUGUUUUCUCUCUGGCUGCUGGAGCGCUCGUCUCUGCACCACUUCAUACCUCUGUUAUUUCUCAUAUCUCUAUCUACGUCUAUCUCUUCCAUCACUUCGACCUGAUGUGCACUACGCCACUCUCUGACUGAAUCUUUCUCUUUCAUUAAGACAGUCACAAUAACGACUCUGCAGCUGAAAGAGAGGAGAUUUCUGACAAAUAGACUAUCGGCAGUGUCUGGUCAGAGAGGACAUUUGUGACUUGAUUUCAUUCUAUGUGAACACUGAGAAACAACAGAAGAGAUUGUAUCUUCAUCAUCAUCAUCAUCACAAUGGAGUUGUCUUAUCCUUUUUGAACAGAUCCACACUGUUCUGAGGGGUACCACGACACUGACAUUUGAGAUUUACAAGCAGCUAUCUUUCUUUUGGAAAAUACUCUGUUACUGUAAAAGCACAUUGAGGACAGGUACUGUGCAGCUGGUAUGUUUUAUUUGGACUAAUUAGUUAUAUAUCUUAAGAGUUUCCGUAAAUAGCCAGGGUUGCACCACUUAUGAUGCACACUCCAUCCUCCAUGGUGAUGGGGAUUGUCUUUGCCCCUUUGGGAUUGGUUCUUGUCUUCACUGCAGCCAUCACUCCUCAGUGGAGAGAGGGACAGACACGUCUGGGGAUGGCAGGCUCGGGGUCACUUCUUCGGUUAGGAGUGAAAGGUCAAGGCAUGGGGGUCAAGUCCGGGUCAGUGGAGGCGCUGCUCCUUCUACGCUCUGAUGGACUUUGGGAGAGCUGCCUGCAGGUGGAGCACUCGGAGCUGAAGCAGUGCUGGCCUGUGGCAGGUCCAUAUCAGAGAGACCCAAGGGUUCGCCUGGCACAAGGUUUGAUCCUGACCUCGUUGUUCCUGUGCAGCACCGGCAUUGUUCUGGCGUGUAUCGGGGUCCGGUGUUGGACAGACAUCCCUCUGAGAGGUGUAGCAGCUACAGGUGGACUCCUGGUGGUGAUGGCCGGGCUGCUAAGCCUGACUGCACUCGGCGUGUACACCCACAACCUUGCAAGACUUGGGAUGGCAGAUCCAAGUCAGGGGAUCAAUAACCCCAGGUUCCCCCAACUCAGCCUGCGUCCAGCCGGCUCGCUCUACUUUGGGUGGCUGGGUGCAUGUUUACAGGUUCUGGGAGGCAGUGCUCUGAUGUUCAGCUUCAAACGACCAAGAUACCCGACCUGCCCGUCCUGCCCAGGGCUACCUGUCUGCCCUGCCUGCCGUUCAUGUCCUGAGAUCCCCAACAAGUCAGACACGGAUGUAUAUGAAGUCAGCUGUUAGAAUGUAAACCUAACACUUAAAAUACUUAGACAACAUGUGUAAAGAUGAACAAAUCUGGACCCUGAAGGACAUAUUAAAGUCACUUCCAACUCAUUAGCUAAUUAAUCUGCCAACUAAUAAAAAUAAGUAAAUUCAUAAAUGACUGAACCACAGGACAUUACCACUACCUGAUUAAUUGACUCAAACGUCAGGUAUGAACAUGAUGGAUGUAACUACCUCUUGACGUAGACAGAAACAUAAUUUUGGGGUGUAGAAUACAAAGUGAUGAAUCGUACGAUGAGAGUACGACUGCUACAGAAGUUCAUCAUGUUUGAAAAGAGCUCAAGUUCCUGCUGCCUAAGUAUCUCUUUGUGCUGCCUUUGACAUUGUAGCCAUGCCUUUGUACUGUUAGCAAGAAACGUGACACUGUUUUGUGUCAGAACAAAACUGUGAAAUGUAAAAUAUUUGUGAUAAAUUAUAAGUUGCUUAGAUAAUGGUAAGGCUUUGAAUAUAAGAACAAUUGGUUCUUACAUGAAAAAAACAGGAAAAUACUGUUUUCUUAGCAAAUAUGUUCUUUGGAAUGGAGACAACAAUCUUGACAAAUUUUCUCCAAAAGUAAUUGCAAUCUGCUUUUAAUAUUUCUCAAUUCAGUCAUUGCAAGCAAUUAAAAGACCAAUUUUAGACGUGAGAUUACAAUUUUUGAGCCUGCCAGGGUAAAUCUUUGUAUAAUACCUUUACUAAGGAACCUUCAUCUAAUGAAUGUGAUUUUAUUGACUUGAUAACAAUGAGGAGACAAAAAGUGUAAGUGAGGAGGCUGUACCACAGGGUGUUUGUUCUUUGUAAAUGAUGUGUUGGUGUUAACUUGUUACAGUGUGUUCAUACGUGGUGGUGCAUUCUGCAUUUAAUAAAACAUUUCAACAGUGUA